UUACCUUGUUUAACAACAUUGCGUUACACAAGCUAAGCGAGACGAGUUAGAGGAGCGUCGUUCGGAAACUGUUCAACAGGGCAACAAACUAGGCACCUAAAGGGGAAUAAAACAAGACCACUUUAUCAAAAAUACAUCUAAGGUGAUCCCGUCUCUCGAUAUCCCGUGCUUCUCUGGUAUUCCCGCUGUUAGGGUGAUGUCAAUAGCCUAUCUCGCCCGCCUGGCAAGGUGCAGUGGGCCCCAUGUUGGACGCAACGGCCUUCCCCAAAUGGCCCUGGUGCCCCUCACGUUGAAACAGGACAUCGCCCUUCACUCGACCGUCCCCAGGAGGCAGAUCCACACACCUUCAGAAAAGCGCCGCAGCGGCACACGCUUUGACGCCGACAGCAGCGGCCACCCCACCACUUGGGACUCGUUUGGCAUCUGGGACAAUCGUAUCGACGAGCCCAUCCUGCUGCCGUCCAGCAUCCGCUACGGAAAACCCAUCCCCAAGGUCAGCCUGUCCAAUGUGGGCUGUGCCUCGCUCAUUGGGCAACGCAAGGAGAAUGAGGACCGCUUCCAGCUCUCACAACUGACCACCAACAUCAUCUACUUUGCCGUGUUUGACGGGCACGGUGGGCCGGAAGCGGCGGAUUUCUGUGACAAAUACAUGGAGACUUUUAUCAAGGAUCUUGUGGUUGACGAGGACAAUCUGGAAUUGGUUUUAACUAAGGCUUUCCUAGAAGUAGACAAAGCUUUAGCGAAGCAUUUGUCCCGCUCUUCAGUUGCGCCCGGGGUGAACGCAGGCACCACCGCCACCGUGGCACUGCUGAGGGACGGCAUCGAGCUGGUGGUGGCCAGCGUGGGCGACAGCCGCGCCAUGCUGUGCCGCAAGGGUAAGGCGCUUAAGCUCACCGUCGACCACACGCCUGAGAGGAAGGACGAGAAGGAAAGGAUCAAGAGGAGCGGAGGUUUCAUCACCUGGAACAGUCUGGGGCAGUCCAACGUCAACGGCAGGCUGGCCAUGACGCGAAGCAUCGGUGACUUUGAUUUGAAGAGCAUGGGGGUCAUUGCCGAGCCUGAGACCAAGAGAAUAACGCUGAGUCCCGUGCACGAUUCCUUCCUGGCGCUUACCACCGACGGUAUCAACUUCAUCAUGAACAGCCAGGAGAUCUGCAACGUCAUCAACCAGUGUCACGACCCGAAGGAGGCGGCACAGCGCAUCUCUGAACAGGCUCUGCAGUACGGCUCAGAGGACAACAGCACCAUCAUCGUGGUGCCUUUCGGCGCCUGGGGCAAGCACACCAGCUCUGAUACCAGCUUCUCCUUCAGCCGAAGCUUCGUGUCGAGCGGGCGCUGGGCGUAGUGGCAGCGGUACGCGGGGGAUGCUGGGUAAAAGGGCGUGGUCUGUGGACCCUCUCAGCAAGUGCAAUAGUCGACAACGGGUCCCUUUGUUGGGGGAAAAAUUUGGAUGUGUGAGACAACUGCUGUGUGACCUCGAUUUAUUUAAAACAAAAAAAAAAAAGUGCACGAAAAGUCUCACCAGUGUUCUUAUAUCAUGACGUCAAUGAGCUUUUUGCUGCCAGUGGCUAAGAAGUAUUGGACUAGCUAGUGGAGAUUGUUCGUGUUAUUCUAACACACUUAAAUUGUAAACGCAGUGGAACCUCUAAAGUUGUGGUCAUACAAGUCGAAAAUGUAACAAAAGAUUUUCUCGAAAAAUUAAUCUCUAAAGUCGCACUUGCACUGACGUAGCGGAGGGACAAAACCUUUUUUUUUUCUUCCCCUUUUUUCACACAAAAUUUUGAGUUCGCCAUUGGACAGCAACAAUUUGUAUGUUUUCAUUCUGGCUGAUCAGUAUAAUAUGACUAAAGCCCACAAUUACAAUUUAAAAAAAAAAAGUGUUAUUUAAUGUGAUGUAUAAGUAACAUUUUGCAGAUAUAUUCAUUUAAAUGUCACAUUGUCUAGUCAAAAGCAUUCAUCACAAAUGUUUUUUUUUUUAAUCAGAAAUGUCAACAAAACUCUGGUUUUCGAAUAAAUGUUUUUUUUGUUUGUUUGUUUUUUAAGACAGUGACAAGUUUUCAUAACAUUACAAGAAAAAUCUAUUUCGGUAUUAUCAGGAAAGGUUAUUUUACAACGAAUAAAGUUGUGACAUAAAAAUUUUGUAAUUUUACAGAAAAUAAAGUUGUAAGUUACAAGAAAAUAGUUGUAAUAAUACAGACAAUAAAAUAUUAAUAUUACAAGAAAAAAAGUCAGAAAGAGAAAUUUUCACGAGCAACAUCGUUUUCAUUUUUAUGUGGAAAAAUUUAAUUAUUGGAGAAUGCGUUUUAUUACAAAUAUUGAAAAAACAAUUGUAAUUUUGCGAGAAUUAAACUGUAGUAUUAAAAGAAAAAAGUCCUGCUUUUGCAAAAAAAAAAGUUGUAAUUUUAUGAGAACAAAUAUGUAAUAUUGCAAGGAAAACAAUACAUUUUUCUAUAAAAAAAAAGUUGUAAUUUAAGGAAACUAGCGCUGUGACAUUAUGAGGAAAAAGUGAUUAUUUUACAAAAACAGUAAUGUAAUAUGACAAGAAAAAUUUAAUAUUUACAAGUUUGGCUUCUCACCAUCAAAUGUAAAGAAAAAGAAAACAAAAGAGAACAGAAUGUACAAGCCAAAGUCAGCUGCAUGUUCAUUAACUACCGUAGUCAUAAAAGCUAAGGGUUUAAUUUUUUCAUUAUUAUUAUUGUACACUUGUAUAAAUUGUCCAGACAGUUAAUAAAUGAUUUAAUGAUGGCAAUAGUUUGGGUCGGGAAUGGAUCGUUAAAACUGAUACAAAACGGGAGGUGUUGCGUUCAGGAACACGGCAUUGUGUCGGACCUGAGAGACUCCACUGUUGCUGUUGGCAGCACUUACAUUUGCACUUAAAGGAAAAAUCUAUUUGGACGAGUUUCAUUUUGAAAUGAGUCGACUUUGUCCAUUUUUCAGACUGUUAAUAAAAGAGGAUGUGUUGUUAAAUACCUUUUUAGGAUAUUUGGUAUAUAGCAGUAGAACCUCCUGGAACUAAAGCAAGGGUGGGCAACCUUUUUCCUAUCAGGGGCCAUUUGGCAGAGGGACACACUAAUAUAUUUUAUGUACAGUAUGAAACCACGAUGGCACAAAGGAACCAAACAUUUGAGGGGCUUUUGAGCUUUUGUUUUUAGAAUUACAGUGAUACCUUACGAGUAGGGUUGGGCAUCGUUUGAAUUUGAGCGAUUCCGAUUCCGGUUCCUCAUUUCGAUUGCGGUUCUAAACGAUUCUCGAUUCCGAUUCUUUUAGGGGGCUGGGUCAAAAAAGUUAGGGUGGUUUAAAUAAAGGGUGUCCAAAUUAUGAACAUCCAUUUUCUUAGCAGCCCACAGCAGACUAAAAUGAACAUUUGACUUGAGGUUCUUUAUAAUCAGUAUCAAUAUCAAACCUAUGACCUAAAAGGCAAUGUGUGUGGAACUAAUCCAGUGGACCUAAUAUUCACUAAUUAAUGUUUCAGCUGAAAGUUAAAAAUAGCAUUUUUUAAAUUGCUAUUUGGGACUGUUUUAUCACAUCAAAUGGUUUAUAUGUGCAAGUUUUAACUUGACUUCCUGUUUUAAACUUAGCCUUUUAUUUUGAAGGGUACGCAGCGGAACCCGACAUUUUGGCGCGAAAAGUAACUUCACGCGAUACCGGUGAAUUUUUAAAACGAAAAUUAAACCUAGAAUGCAAUAAAUUGAACCAAAUGCUAUAAAACGAUUUUUUGACAGGUUAGCGUUUGUGCUACUGUGAGACGACGUUUGUGUGAAUUAUGUCCCAAUUCAUUGUGAUGUAAAUUUUCUAGUUUCACCUCUGGUGAAGUUUUAGCUCAAUGUUAAGCUUUGUUUUUCCUGUCAUCAGCCUUUACGUUGGUUUGAAGACUAAAAUAAACGCUAAACACCAUCCGUGCAAAAGAGCAACCCACCGUUUAACUUGUUAGCUGCCUCAAUGAUGGCAGAGGCACAUUUUAUUGUUUCGCUCACCGAAUUUGACUUCACUGUAGUUCCGUGCCGUGUCGGCUGAGGCUCAGAAAAGAAGGGGAGCACGUCAGAUUUCUACACAUCGUGAAAGCCUCCUUUCCACAAUAUAAUCUUAAUCCAAGUGUUGCACUGAGGCGAAGGGUCAUUCAUUUUAACAAAGACGACACACACUUGUUAACCACAGCCGUUGGGAACAAGCACAUCUUCGUGCGCGUUCUUCUUUGUUUGUUUUUGGCACUUUCUUCUUCGGGGUCGGCGGACUGUAGUCAUUGGAACUAGGAACGGAAAUUUUUCAAUUUGAACGAUUCUGGGAGAACCGGAACGUUAGUCCGGGUUCCAAUCGAUUCUCGAUGCCCAACCCUGCUUGCUUACUUGAAUUUGUUGCGUGACCACUUUCAUAACAUAAAACCCAUUCACUGCCAUUGACGGCUCUUGAAUUCAAAUAUCCAUAUAUAACUUGGAGAACUGGCAACUUGAAUUAAAAAUAAAAUUUUCCCUUAGAUAUGAAAGUGAUUGAUAAGCGCAAUCGUCAGUCAAGCAAACAAAUGAUUCCUAGGAAUCGAAUUACUGAGAACUGAUACUCAAAAUUAACCUGUCUUUGAUUCUCAUCCCUACUAAUAACAUAGUUAAAUACAAAAACAACUUUUGUAACAUGAUUUCAUGCUUUAAUUCAAAGGACAUUGUGCUGCUCCUUAAGGUGUGCACAACUUGGCCUCCAGGGGGCAGUAUAAUACAGACAUACAGUAUAAUACGCGUAGAUUUAAUGAUGAAACAUGUCCAUGAUAUUGAUGCUUGUUUCAUUGAUCUACACUGCAUUCCAAAUUAUUGUGCACAUAAUAUUGUUCUCCGGUUUUCCUAAAGAGUUGAAACAAAUGACAGGCUGCAUCAUUUUCAACUCAAACGUCAGAAUAUAAUUCAGAUGUUUUAAAAAUGAUGCCGACUGUCAUUUGUUUAAACUCUUUAGGAAAAUCGGAGAAAAAUAUCAUUUGUAUAAAAAUGUGGAAUGCAGUGUAUGUCUUUUGCAUUAUACAAAAGUCCACUAGCUUAAUGCUAGUGGACUUUUGUAUGACAGGGUUAUGUGGUUUAGUUAAAGGCACGUGUAAUUGUAUUUGUUUUAUGUUUAGUUUUACGCUAAACUUCAAUUGGAAAUGGCAUUAAACAGCUUGAAGAAAGCACACUGGGCAUCUUUUACAGAACUGUUCGCUAUCUGCCAAACUGUCCACGGAAUGCCCAAGGAGGGCAAAAUAGACUCCCUGGUUAGUAAAGAGCUCACUCAUACGUCCAAUUUGUUUAAAAAAAAAAAAAAAAAAAAAAAAAAAAAAAAAAAAAAAAAAACAACAACAACAAACCAAAAAAAAUACACACACAUAAUUGAACAAAUAAUGGUUUGUAAGUCGGGCCACUCGUAAGUCAAGUUACCACUGUACAGUACAUGUUACAGGUUUCCCACCGCUGCACUUCAGAAAGGAUCAUUACCAAAAAAUGAUCUGUACCAUUGCCUCGUGCAUCGUCUGCGUAUAGGAAUCAUUUGCACAGUCUAGCGGGUCAAAGAAGUGAAUGAACAUCAUAUAUUUUUGCCAGAAUGUUCUUUAGGCCCCGUACGAGUGAACCUGACAUUUCUAAACAUUCUAUUUUAUGAUCAUUUUCUUUUUAUGUAAUCACAAUCAAAUGUUACAGUGACAUAAGUGAGAUCGGCGCUGAGAUGUAUUCAGGACAUGUACAGGUUAUGUUGUGUAAAUAUGAGCUAUUUAUGCAAAACUUUGUUGAUUUAAUUGCAUUAAUAAUAAAAUUUAAUAAAACAUACCUCAUGUUGUAAUGUAUACAUCCAUCCCUGUUUGUAAAUAUCAUUCACCAUAGACAAUAAAACAACACAACUUCA